AUGGCGCACCGGCGCAUGCGCACGGUGACCAACUACUUCCUGGUGAACCUGAGCGUGGCCGACCUGCUGAUGGCGCUGCUCAACUGCGCCUUCAACUUCGCCUUCAUGCUCAACUCGGACUGGCCGUUCGGCGGCGUCUACUGCUCGGCCAGCAACUUCGUGGCUAACGUCACGGUCGCCUCCAGCGCCUUCACGCUCGCCGCCAUCUCUCUCGACAGUUCCAUGGCAACUGUGGAUCCAACGCAGCAGCUAAAGCACCACAUGGCACAUCGGCAGCCGGUAGUGGUGUAUUACGUGCCUUCAUCACAGAUGUAUGGGGGUUGUUGUCGAAUGACACAGCGGCCACUGUGUGACGUUUCUUGUGCUCCUAAAAUAUAUGGCGACUACAUACGCUGCAGCACAUAUGACGUGACGGCAGCUUGUGAGUGA